UUCAGUCACCACCUUGUCUUAUCUAUACUCAGGGCUGGUGAUGGAGUACAACCUUUACUAAGCAGUCAACUUCAGGCUUGCUGGGCUAAUGUGAGCAGCCGUUUGAUCCCUCUAGUCACUAUACCGAGAAUCUGGCAGGGCCAGUAAGUCACUAGACAGCAUCUUGCACAUUGGCAUACAACAACCUCAGGCAGUGUCUGGAUGUUCUUACUAGCUCAGAAUCCCGAAACAAACCCCUGAGCUGGCAAGAAAUCCAGAUACUGCCUGUAGCGGCUAAGCCUAAAACUUAAAGCCACUGAGGGGCUGUCAAGACGGGCUAAACAUAAUUGACGCGCUCGCCGUUCGUUGUGUCUUGUGAAAAGAAGUAUCCGACGUUUUCUGGUUGCACUUACGGAUGAUUUAUUGUUCACCGUCUUUUCUCCAAUGUGUUACAUACAAGAAUCCAACAUAAGUGUCCAUCAAAAUCCAUAAAUCACGUUUACUCCACGCACACUGCCUUUGCACGUCUUUAUCUCACUGCUGGGUCCAGGGGUUUGAUUCUGUGCUGUGUGUACUGGAUCGGCCUUAUGGGUGAUGACAACAUGUGAUGUGUAUUCAGUUAAAUAUGAAUUGCUUGGUACAAAAGAGAGGAAAACUCAAGAGAAGGCGGGUUUACUGAAAGAACCCAAAUAACUAUCUGCAGUGGUCUCACCUGGGAAGGUACAGUGUGUCAUAUUUAAAGUUUGCUCCACCUGAUCCCCAAACCCUUGACACACCAGGAUGGACUGCAGCACAUACGAGAUGGACCCCCUGGAGGUCCCUCCUCUCACCCCAACCAGUAAGGAGGUCCUCAGCCAGGCGCUGAAGGCCAGCUUCUCUGGAUUUUCUCAGGAGAGGAUCAACCAUCACUUCCCUCACGACCCCACCCUGUGGUCGGAGUGGGAGGUGAACUACUGGUUGGACUGGUGUCAGGCCGAGUUCGGUCUCACCUGUCUGGGUUCAGACCUGAGAGGCCUGCAGGGGGCGGAGCUCUGCGCUCUGGACAGAGACGCUUUCCUGAGCCUGAUAUCUGACUGCACGGCCGGAGAGAUCCUGUGGGAGCAUCUGGAGGACAUGAGGAGAGAGAAUGAGUACGACUGCAGCUCUUCACUCUCCUCGUGCACGAUAUCAACUUACUGCCAGCUGCAAACCAACAAAGAAAGCUUCUCAGACUUUGUUCAGGGCCAUGCAGACAAACACAGUUAUCACUCUCAGUACCUUCACGCUGAGAGGACAGACCUGCACACUCUGGACUCUGUGAGCGGACACCCUCAGGAUUAUUAUCUGAUAAAGACUGAAGAUCCAAACAGGAGCAUGAACACGGCUCUACUGCAGGACACAGGAGGGAGUGCAGAGACGGACUCAGAGGUGGAGAUUUCUCACAGCGAUGACUCAGACAUUGUGGGCUCUCUGUCGUGGACCGCUCCGCUCCAGGAAGUAGAUCCAGUGACAGAUGAGACUGUCUCUGAAGACAUCUUCAUUUUACCACAGACUCACCGCAGCUUCAAAGAAUACGUUGGGAACCAAAAGGAUCUGGGCCGAGCUGUGAUACCUGCAGCGAUCCUGGCCGGGUACACAGGCAGUGGUCCAAUCCAGCUGUGGCAGUUCCUCCUGGAGCUCCUCACAGAUCGAAGCUGUCAGUCCUGUAUCAGCUGGACAGGAGACGGUUGGGAGUUCAAGCUAACAGACCCUGAUGAGGUGGCACUGCUCUGGGGUCGCAGGAAGAACAAGCCCAAGAUGAACUACGAGAAGCUGAGUCGAGGUCUGCGAUAUUACUACGAUAAAAACAUCAUCCGAAAAACAGCCGGGAAGCGCUACGUCUACCGCUUCGUCUGCAACUUGCAAGGCCUGCUGGGAUACGAGCGGGAGCUGCACGCCAUGUUGGACACAAAUAACAAGAGUCAGUGACGGAGAGACAUUUUUAUACGGAGCCUUGAACUUUUUCUGAGUGAAGUUUUAUGAAGACUGUUUGAGGUGUGUGUGUGUGUGUGUGUGUGUGUGUGUGUGUGUGUGUGUGUG